AUGGAGACCAAGUACUUCUGCUUGUAUCCCAUACACAUGGACUCAAGAAGGUCACUUUCUGAAGGAAGAAAAUACAAGAAGGAGAUCUGUGUCCAAAGGCCAAGGUAUCACGAGAUCAAGAAUGCUUUGGAAAAGCUUGAGAUCGAGCAUGUUGACGAGGCAUCAAAGAGGCAUCCAAAUGACUUCUUCAAUGGUGGAAGGUUCCGGAUAAAGAAGGAGUAUGGAAAGGUGCUUGUUAUUGAAGGGGUGAGCCAAACAAUUGCAGAGAUGAGGUCCAACUCAAAAGGAAACAAAGAUCUCCCGAAGGAAAAGCAAUCUAGUGGAAAGGUUGUGCAAGGGGUCGUCCAAAACGGUGUGUAUGUUGAAAAUAAGCUUAAUCUUGUCAGGAAGAAGAAAGUAAAAAAGAAAAAAUAA